GAGAUUCGCAAGAUUUGCUGCAGCAUCAAACGCUGCAGGCACCUGACUCGGACCUCAUAGUGGACGUCAUUGGAAGGGGUCCAGAAAGGUGGCCUCAAGAAGAGGAGGAAGAUCCCGAUUCUGAAAGCGUUGCUGACGAUGCCAUGCAGGCCUUCGGGAAGGACAGCUGCCAAGCUGACAGUUGGCCCUGCUAUGAUAAUGUGGCCUGCCAUUGGCCCCUGCAGCAAAUCAAUGUUGCCGACAGGGAUGCUUGUUCCUCAGGAAGCGGGUACGCCAACAUUUCGUCACUGAAUUUGGACGACGGGACCUACACAACUCUUUGUCGUAUUGAAGGCGUUUGCUUGAACGCUUGCAGCGUGAGUCCCAUCCACAGCGCCAUUUACUGUCGAGCACAAGGGGCUUUUUCUGGCCAGCAGUUCGUGCGGAUUUCCUGUCCCUUGGGAGACCUCUCAGAGCUACCCGUCAAGGGCUCCGUUUGCUACUAUGGAGUGAUUGGAAGCACCUUCGCAGGAUCUUUUGAUUUGGAAUUUGGAACUUACUACUGGAAGGAACAAAGUGGAAGUCAAGGUGUCAUCAACAAGCUGGAUGCUGAUUCUAUUUCAGGGUUUAGUGGCUCUGCGACAGCACUGGUGAGGCCAGCAUCAGGAUGGGAUCAGGUCACAAUGGCAACUGUGAACGUGGUGAACCAAAAUUUGCUGAAGUCCGUGGCCGACUUUGUCAUCGCGCCGGGCGAGGAAAUUCCAGGUGGAAAGGCGACAGACCGAUUUUUGGUGGCAUGCCACAAAAACUUUGUUUACGUUCAAAAUGUCAACUUUACUGGUACUGCGCCUGCCACACAGCGCUAUCUGAUGGAAGGCGCCAAUCCUAAGGGAUCAUCCGGUGCACAAUGGUCCUUCAAAGGUGAAAUUUAUUGUGCCUACAACCACAAGGAUCAUGGAGUGUAUUUCGUCAAUCUUAGUGCCAUUGCGGAUGGAAAGAUCCCAGCGGGAUACGUCAGUCCGUCUCAAGAAACCAGUUCGAAUGAUGGGAUGAAUUGCCUGAAUGCUACAAGUCCCUUUCCGGAACCUAUCUACACCACCACCACAACGACGACCACGACAACGACGACCACUACAACGACCACCCCUAUCCCACAAGUUCGAUGUAUCCGUGGCCAGGGGGAUUGGACUCUGGCAGAUGCCUCUGCGGGGAGUCUGCAGGUGGGUAAGGAGAUAUAUCCAGGGGUGACCCUGGUGGACUUCCGUCCAGGUGGCAACGCAGAGUGCACCAACGCCGCUAUCUUCUCUCCGGAGAAUGGAGGAGACGGCGAGGACGAGAGCGAUCUGAAGCAGUGCGUGUGCAACCUGAUAGUGGCGCAGAAAGAUGGCCCUAAAAGCACGGUGAAUGUGUGUAGCCCCACUACGACCAGAGCCGAAGUGGUUCUCCAGUUCGACGUGCCCCAGCGGAUCACAGGAUUUGAGAUGUGGAACACUCGCCAAGCAAUCCUGACCACACAAUUCAGGUGGGAGAAUGACAAUCAAAUUCAGGCUGGAGUGGUGACAGCUCCCACUAAGCAGAGAGGAACGAGCUCUGGCUUUGUUGACAUUUCGAAGAUCGAGCCACUGGCUACGAACGUGAAGAAGGUAUCCCUUGACUUCGGUGGCCCUGCUGGUCUGAAAAGCAUUCGCUUUUGCAAACAAGAUGGCAGUGUUGUGGGUGAUCCCCACGUGCAUACUCUGGAUGGGAAGAGCUAUGUUUUACUGCAGCAAGGGACAUAUUUGAUGUGGAGACUGUCUGGCUUCGAGACGGAGUUUCCUUCUUCCAAUGUGGAGCAGGGCAACAAGAAGGCUCAGGUGGACUGGCGGAUUUUUGUGCACUACUCGGGCAAGAGGUCCUACACCAAGGGCUUGUUGCUCCUGGACAACUCCAUGGGUGUCCAGCGGCAAGCACUUGAACUGACCAGUGAGAACUGUGUUUGGCGCAAGCGACGCAUGGGAAAUGAUGGCUGGUCACAUUUGGACCAGCCGCAGAUGCUCUCGGUACCCACGGACGAGAGCGAAUUCGUCACCGGUUUCAAUGUGCAGUGGAAGGAAGAGGAGUCGACGCCGCUGCUGCGACACGUGAGGCUCGAGAUGAACACUCUGCACGGUAGCAGGGUCGUUGCCAGCCUCCACGUAAGCUGUCGAGCUGGCCAUCACAUCAAUGCUCGCAUCGACAUGGACCAGUUCGGAUAUACAAAAUACGUGCAAGGUGAAGUCAGCGGCCUGGCCCGUGCCCGGCCCGUGCCACUGCAGCGCCGCGGCAACGGGGACACGGUGGAUUUGAUCUCGGACGUCGGCAGCCAGGGCAUCACCCUGCGCACGGACGAACAGUUUAAAUCGGAAUUUGAUUGGCACAAGCUCGGUGGUAGCUACCUGGCAGCAGACUACUUGAGCACCGUAGAUGAAGAAGGACUCGGACAAAUGACACCCUGUGAUGCAGACGAAGAGAUCAGUGCGCGGGAGAUCUGUGCAAAGCACUUCGAAGGGCCAGAAAAUGAGUUCUUUCCGGAUUGCGUUUUUGAUGUUUGUGCUGGUGGUGGUGAAGUUUCAGCACUGCUUUUAGCCGCCAUUGCCUGA